UCUUGUUAUUCUUUGGCAAGAAAUUAAAUAAGGGAAUCAGGGAUGAGCGCAUCUCGAUUCAUUAAAUGUGUUACGGUUGGUGAUGGGGCAGUUGGCAAAACAUGCUUGUUGAUUUCGUAUACCAGCAAUUCCUUCCCCACGGAUUAUGUGCCGACAGUGUUUGAUAAUUUUAGUGCAAAUGUGGUUGUCAAUGGGGCCACUGUUAAUCUUGGCUUGUGGGACACUGCUGGACAGGAGGAUUACAAUAGGUUAAGACCUUUGAGUUAUCGUGGCGCAGAUGUGUUCAUUUUGGCAUUCUCCCUCAUUAGCAAGGCUAGCUAUGAAAAUGUUUCUAAGAAGUGGAUUCCUGAAUUGAAACAUUAUGCUCCUGGCGUCCCCAUAGUUCUUGUUGGAACAAAGCUUGAUCUUCGGGAUGAUAAACAAUUCUUUGUCGACCAUCCUGGAUCAGUACCCAUCACUACAGCCCAAGGAGAAGAGUUAAUGAAGUCGAUAGGAGCACCUUCGUACAUCGAAUGUAGUUCAAAAACACAGGAGAAUGUGAAGGGAGUUUUUGAUGCUGCAAUCAAAGUUGUGCUACAACCUCCCAAGGCAAAGAAAAAGAAGGGAAAGGCUCAGAAAGCUUGCGCCAUACUGUGA